UAUGUCUCCAGUGCGGAUGCAGCCUCAGUGCCCCCCCCAUCCCGAAAGGGCCUCUGUCUUUUUAAGGGCAGCAGCAGGGCUCCUCCUUCCGAAGGGCGGUGCGAGGGCGGCCUCUGAGCCCCUUCCUCCGGCGGACGGAGAGGAGGACUGCAGCAGCAGCAGCAUCGGGCGGGCGACCAUUGGCUCGGAUGAAGGCGCCGGAGGAGCGAUGCUGAGCUGGCUGCUUCCCCCGAUGGCGCUUCAGACCCACGGCGGGGGGCCCCGGGCAGAGCAGGAGGCCGGCCUCCCCCGAGAAGGAGAAGGAGAAGGAGGAGGAGAAGCAAGGGGCCGGGGGAGCGGCGUCUCCUGCCUGCCUCCUUCGGUGCCGGAGCCCCUUCUGCUGCUGGGCUGCUGCCUCCGGCCGGAGGACCCGACUGAGCGGGGGCUGCUGCUGCUGAGGCCCCAGGGGGAGCAGAGGAGGAGGAUGGGGAUGAGGGAGAUGGAGGAGGAGGCCGGCGGCGGCGGCGGCGACGGAGGCCAGCCUCUGAGGCUGCUCGCCCGGCUGGAGGCGGCCCGCUACCGCUACGAGAGCCUCCAGAUCUCGGACGACGUCUUCGGGGAGUCCGGCCAGGAGAGCAGCGGAGGCGGGAACCCCUUCUACAGCACCUCCGGAGAGUCCCGCUCGGCCUCCGAGGAAGACGAAGAGGAGGAGGAGGAGAGCCCCCGGGGAGAGAGGGGAGCAGCAGCAGCAGGGAAGGGGCGCCCAGGCUCCAAGGGAGGGGAGGAGAAGAAGACCCCUUCCCCUGCGAUGGCUUUGGCCCCGGGCUCCCUGGAAGACCAGCCCCAGGAAGAGGAGGAGACCCCGGCGGCAUCAGCAGCCUCUGGAGCGGCUUUCCCUGCCAGGUUUCCCCCGAAAGAUCCGCCCGAGGAGGAAGAGGAGGAAGGCCGGGGGGGCUGGAGCCCCCUCCUCCAGGAGCCGCCCAGCCCCGCUUUCCAGGAGAGCAGCGGCCCAACACGCAAAAUGCCACCAACUGCCAGUGCAAUGGACUUCUUCCAACUCUUUGUCCCUGACAACGUGCUAAAGAAUAUGGUGGUGCAAACUAAUAUGUAUGCCAAGAAGUACCAGGAGAGAUUUGGGAGUGAUGACACAUGGAUGGACGUCACCCUGACAGAAAUUAAGGCUUUCUUGGCAUACAUGAUAUCCACAAGCACUCACCACUGUGAGUCUGUCCUCAGCAUCUGGAGUAGUGGUUUCUAUAGCAACAAGAGUAUAGCACUGAUCAUGACUCAGCCGAGAUUUGAGAAGAUACUCAAGUACUUCCAUAUUGUGGCCUUCCGUUCCAGUCAAACGACACACGGCCUCUACAAAAUCCAGCCCUUUCUGGACUCUCUGCAGCAUAGCUUCGACUCUGCUUUUAAGCCUUCCCAAACCCAGGUCCUCCAUGAACCUUUGAUUGAUGAAGAUCCCAUUUUCAUUGCCACCUGCACAGAACGAGAGUUACGGAAGAGGAAAAAGCGGAAAUUCAGUCUCUGGGUUCGACAGUGCUCAUCUACUGGUUUUAUAUGCCAGAUCUAUGUCCACCUGAAAGAAGGAAGUGGGACUGAAGGUCUGGAUGCUUUGAAGAACAAAACCCAGCUCCACAGCAUGGUGGCCAAGAGUCUUUGUCAGAAUGCUGCAGGGAAAAACUACAUCAUUUUCACUGGCCCCAGCAUCACCAGCCUGAAUCUCUUUGAAGAGUUUGAGAAGCAAGAGAUUUAUUGUUGUGGGUUACUCAGUGCAAGAAAAAGUGACUGCACCGGCCUGCCCCAGUCUAUGCUAAAGAACCCGGAUGUCCCUCAGUCUCGAGGACAAUACAGGAUAAAGAUGAAAGGAAACAUGUCAUUGAUCUGCUGGUACAAUAAAGGAUAUUUUCGGUUUUUGACCAAUGCUUAUUCUCCAGUUCAGCAAGGUGUUAUAAUUAAGAGGAAAAGUGGAGAGAUACCCUGCCCACUAGCAGUAGAAGCUUUUGCAGCUCACCUUAGUUAUAUUUGCAAAUAUGAUGACAAAUACAGCAAGUACUUCAUUUCGCAUAAACCAAACAAGACAUGGCAACAAGUCUUCUGGUUUGUCAUCAGCAUCACCAUUAACAAUGCCUACAUCUUGUACAAAAUGUCCGAUGCUUACCAUGUGAAAAAAUACAGCCGAGUGCAGUUCGGUGAGAGACUUGUAAAGGAGCUGCUAGGCUUGGAGGAUAGUUCACCUUGUCAUUGAUGGAUUGUUCCUGAUGGCUUAGGUCAAGAGAGGAAGAGGAGACUGAGGAGAAGGAGAUUCUGAAAUGCCAAAAUAAGAAGCAUCACAAAAUGACCAGGGAAACCAUUCAGGUGUUUGGGGUCUUUGACAAAGGCUCAGCUGAUAUGCAGAGGGCCCUAAUGGGAGCACCUCCUGAAAGCUGCACAUAUGAAUGCACCGUGGGCACUUGUGCAUCCGAAGUGAAUUUAUGUUCGUAGCUAUUUCUUAAUACUAUUUGUCAAACAGGGUGUUAGUUGUUGUGAGCCCCCUUUCCUCCCCCAUUGCCCCCACACUAACACAGCUUGACAUCUGAAACUGGGCAAUGUAUGUUCAUCUUUUAAUUGUGUGAUCAACACACAGUGUCAAACGAGAUGUGCUGUCUUGGGGCUGCAAAGGCUUAGCCACCUGGGGAAGGGUCACUCAGAGAUCUCUGGGAGAGAAAUAUUGAAAAAUGUAUAAAUCUAUUUUGCAAGCCUAUCGUUAGGUGACAGCAAUGAAGGCUUAGUGGGUUGGUGAAGAUUUUAUUUUCUUGCAGUGCUUUUGAAUCAUGGGGUAAAUAAUGACAAUUUUUUAUAUAAAUCAAUGGUCAGAAACUGGAGCUUACCAAUCAA